UGUAAUUAUUUUUUUAGAAUUUUGUAGAAACAAUUUAUAUAAGCCAUUAUAAUGUCGAGUCGAGGUACUAAAAAGGAAGUGGAUCCGGAAGAACAGUUUAAGCGUAAAUUUCGGUCUAAAUGCUUAUUCCGUGCGCUCGGCCGCUUGGUGAUGGCGAAUGCGUAUUGGUUGAUAGAAGCAGUAGACCAUUACGAGGGACUGGAAGACGUAAAGCGUAGAGUAGAACAAGCUGUUCGCGCCAAAUCAAAAAAGAAGCAGUUGUUAAGUAUCAACGACAAAGGUCUGUUAAAUAAACCAGCCGACGAGCGGACAGACGACGAAAAGAAAUAUUUAUUCCGUAUCAUUGGUGGCCUGAAAUGUUUUAAACGAUAUCCUAAUCAUGUGAAAAAGAAGCUAGCAGCAGCGACAUAUUACAAGUACUAUGGUCCGGGACGAACUAUAGUGCGUCAGCAUCAUGAGGCGCACGCGAUGUACUUCAUAGUGAGCGGCGAUGUAGUCGUAACGCAAAAUAUCUUCGACGAGCUGCUUCAGAAGCACGUGUCAGUGGAGGUCGGCUCUAUGCACACCGGCGACAUGUUCGGAGAAGUCUCACUCCUGCAUAACAUCAAGAGAACUGCAACAGUUACUACUGUUGAUCAUUGCGAGCUUCUAGUGCUAAUGAAGGACGACUUCAAAAAUGUUCUCCAAGCGUCCGUGCAGAAGCAAUGGGACGAGGUGCAGCGAGCGAUGUCCGCUUUCACUUACUUCGAUGCUUUGGAUGAGGUGGCGCGUCGUGAAGGUUGCAUUGUAGCGAAAAUGAAAUCGUAUGAAACUAACGAGACAGUGCUGGGCGACGGCGUAGGCGUGCCUAACUUUGUCUACUUCAUCCUGUCGGGUCGCUGCCAGAUGAUAGAGUCCAUGCAAGUGACGGUCGUCACACAUCUCGGCAAGAACUACUAUACACUCUAUGACCCUUAUGUACCAACUGAGGAAAGUGAGCAAGAUUUGGAUGCAAAAUAUUUUGGAGCGUACAAUAAAAUGAGUAAGAACAGUACUGAUACGAAGGACGAAUCAUCAAUCGAUAAAGAACAAUCGACAGCGAAACAUUUGAUACACAUCGCUGAAACAUCAACGAGCAUGGGGAGUUCUUCCAAGAAGAAAUCGAGUAUUUUAAAGCCAGAUAGCGGACAAGCAUCCGUCGAAUAUGAAGAAGGGAUACGGCGUAGUACCGAAAGUAGCCGUAUUCGACAUACUGGCUCUGAUUCUACAACUAAAGAAAAUGAUCUUUUGAAACCAUCAGACCGAGGCGUCCGAGAGUCAAUCAGAUUAAGCGUCGUUCCCCAAAUAAUACGCAUGCCACCGAAAAGUGUUCGCACUUAUUUCAUGCAGGUGUGUCAAUUUAACCCAGGAUCGAGCUUCGGGUUUGGGGAAAACAUGCGCGAUCGGCGCAUCAUCGCGCUAACGCCAGUGGACUGCAUGCUGCUGCCCAGCAUCUGGCUGCUGCAGAGGAAUACGGCCAACAUCUGGUCUCGCAUACAACAUUAUCUUGAAAAGAAAAUCCCGACAAAAAAGCAGCUAUUCAAGGAGUUUGUGUCCGCGCGUCGCUGGGAAGAGUUCCGCGAGCAGACCGUCGCAGAUGUGGUCUCCCGGACCAAAACGGUUAACUGGACUACGGUACAUGAUGUGCCUUACUCAAUACGCAUCGAGGAGAUGAAGGAUAUAUGA